AUGACCAAACAGUCCACAAAUGACCAUUCCGAAAGCAACUGGAUCCCACUCGACCACCACACUCCGGAUGGAUCCUCCCUGGAAGGUGCUUCCGAGUUCUACCAGACCAUCCAAAAACGCCGGACUGUCCGUCAUUUUUCAGACAAGCCUGUCCCGCGUGAGAUCAUUCAGCAGGUCCUCCUCGCCGCCGGGACCUCACCCUCCGGCGCUCACAAGCAGCCGUGGCGCUUCAUCGCUGUCUCCAAUAAGGACAUCAAGCACAAGAUCCGCCUCGCCGUAGAAGAAGUCGAACGCGAGUUCUACGAGGAUCGCGCCUCGGAGCGUUGGCUCGAGGACCUCGAACCCUUCGAGACCAAUCCAGACAAGUCCUACAUCGACACCGUCCCCUGGCUCAUCAUCGUCAUGGCGCUCCGCACCACUGACGACGGCGGGCAGGUUUACUACCUCAACGAAUCCGUCGGCAUCGCGACCGGACUCCUCCUCACCGCCGCACACCACGCCGGACUCGCGACACUGACGCACACCCCAUCCCCAAUGAAGUUCCUCCGCGAGGUGCUCGAUCGUCCGGAGCACGAACGCCCCUACAUGAUGAUCCCGAUGGGAUACCCCACAGAGGAUUGCAAAGUCCCAGACAUCAAGCGCAAGGACCUCGACGAACUCGCGGUGUUCAUCGAAUAA